AUGGCAAAUCAGCAAGACGAUGUGCGGGACACCCUUGCCCAGAAGGAAGACGGCUUGGCCAACAAAGUGGCGGACAAGGUUGUUAUUGAGACAUUCCACGAUAACAUGGAUCCGCUGAAUGAAGUGAAACGGUUUAGCAUCGUAGCUGUCGCCAUUUUUGGCAGCAUCGCUGCCUCCUUCGCACAUUUCUUCAACCUUUUCAGCGGUGAACUUCAGGAAAAGUACGACCUGUCGCAGCGGGAUCUGUCGACUAUCGGCACUGUUGGCACCGUCUUCUGCUACUUCACGCUGCCGUAUGGUUUCAUCUACGACUACUUUGGACCGGCUCCAAUCUUCGGUAUCGCUGCAGUUAUGUUUCCCCUUGGCUCCCUUCUGCUGGCCUUGGCGUUCAAUGGCUACAUCUACGGUACCGUGGUGCGCAUCAGUGUAUUCAACGCCAUUCUCAACAUUGGUACAAUUAUGUUUGACAUUGGCUGCCAGAUGACGGUACUCAGCAUAUUCCCAUCCAGCCGCGGGGCCAUUGUGGCAGUCAUGAAGACAUUCAAUGGGCUGGGCUCCCCGAUUAUUGGGUCGAUUCAGCUCGCUUUCUUCGACUCGCACCCGGACAACUUCUUCUACUUCCUUAUGGUGCUUGUGGUGGUGAUUGCGACCUCAUGCAUGCUCGUUGUGCGCCUGCCGCCGUACCACCUGACUGGAUACCAGCAAUCGCACCUUAGCGAGGCGGAAAAGACGGAGCGGCUCGCCACCCGAGCACAGUACCUGCGGCAAAAGACACCGAUUCCCAGGUUCGUGGUGGGGCUCUUCAUCGUCGUUGUGCUUAUUGUGUUUCUCCCACUGCACGGGGCCCUCGUCGCCUACCUGGAGCUUGGCCACGAAUACAAGGUGGCCUUCGCAGUUACAAGCAUUGUGUUAACAUUCCUCGGUGCUAUUACAAUGACGCUUCCGCUGAGGAUUCUCGACCGAGAUUAUUGGACAGAGAGGCGACGGAAUCGUCGUAGAGACAUGGCAGCACUGGACGAUAUUGCAGUCGAUCACCGACAGGAACCUCUGAGCAAUGAGGAGAUGAAGGAUGGGAAAGAAGAAAAGGAAGCCACAAAAAGUGCUGUCGUAGAGACGGAAAUAGACUACAUUGCGCCGCAGUACCAGACGACCUUUUAUGAGAGUGUUUGCACAGCGCGACUGUGGGCUGUGUUGUGGACCCUCUUCGCUACAGUGGGCGCGCAGACUGUGAUCAUGCUGAAUGCACGCUUCAUCUUCGCCGCUCUGUCCGGUGAGAAGGUGAGCAACUCGAUGGGAACUCUCCUGACGGUGCUGGAUGGCGUUGGAAGCGCUGUUGGGCGUCUAUUUGUGGGUGCGUUUGAGAUAUGGUCACAACAUAAAAAGCCAGAGGAGCGCAUCCCCAUGACUGUCACGCUCUUUGUGCCAUCAGGCGUGAUGGUCGUUUCGAUGGUGCUCAUCGUCACUGUGCCAGCGGUCGCACUGCCGCUGCCAUAUAUCUUAAGCGCCCUGGCAAAUGGGUUCCGGGCGGGUUUGAUUGUGUUGAUGAUUCGCACCAUCUAUGUCAAGGACAUCGCAAAGCACUACAACUUCUGUUUUCUCUCAACGGUGUUUGCGACGGUUCUCUUGAACCGGUUUGCAUAUGGCGAGUGGUAUACCCGUGAGGCUGAAAAGCUUGGCACGCUUGUCUGCCUUGAGCGCCGUUGCGUGCUCAUGCCACUUCUGCUGAUGCUCGGGAUCAACUGCACCGGCUUCCUUACCACCACAUACGUCCACGUGUCUUACACCCGCUACUGCCGCAAGGUGCUGGCGGAGAGGCGGCGCAUCAAGGAGAGUGCCGUGGUUGGGGAAGGUCCUCUUAUUGAAGAUCGAGGUNCCCGCUACUGCCGCAAGGUGCUGGCGGAGAGGCGGCGCAUCAAGGAGAGUGCCGUGGUUGGGGAAGGUCCUCUUAUUGAAGAUCGAGGUCGUGCCAGCUAA